GCCAGGGGCUCAUUCGUGCAUGUCGAACUUUGGAGUUCCUCACUGGGAAGGAAGAAACGUGCGUGCGCAAUUAAUUGCAGGCUUCUCCCUUCGUAAUUCGCCGUCCUACAGACCAACGUGUAAUUGAGUUUUCGUCAACUCUUCUGGUAAUACUUGACGGUGGUGUGGCACAACAGUUAACGCCGAGUUUAAAUUUUGUCAGUUGGCUGCAGUUUCUGGGCUCGUGCCUGAGGAGAGUGGAGUCGCGAGGCAGUUGUCAAUAGAAAACCGGCAGCUGCUAACAAGUAGUUAGCAAGUCAGCCAGUUAGCCUGCCAGCUAGCCACCUCUCACCACUGCCACAACAAGUCCCACCCUCCCCAAGUACGUGGACGUCGUAAGAAGCUGCAGCGGUGAAGUCGAGUGCUUUCCCUCUCAACUUAGCCAGCAUCGCUUUACAGCUGGCUGAAAAGCUCAAGCAGCCCUCUUUACGUUUGCUGGAUAACGCCAACGUUAAAUUGUUGGCUCAACCGUUAGGCAGGUGCUUUCUCUGGAGGGAAACGGGCGCUACACUGGCAAAGAGACUGGCUAAAAAGAAGAGGCGAAAUAAGACAGAACAAGGAAGACACCGAGAAGGAGGGGACUGGCUAGUUUAGCCGGGGAGGCAGAAUCUCACAUAGAUUGCUAACGCCGCCACUGAGCCACGCACAACCAUGAGUAUUGAGAUACCAGUGGGGUUGACAGAACUGCUGCAGGGUUACACCGUUGAGGUGCUGCGACAAAGGCCGUCAGACCUGGUGGAUUUUGCAGUACAGUACUUCACCCGUUUGCGGGACACCAGAAGUCAGGAUGGAAGUGGUGCUGGUGGCAAGACAGGAAAAGGAGUGAUGUUUGAUGGGGAGCCAAUGCAAACAGAGUCCAAUGGAGAUGAUGAUGAAGAUGACGAUUCUGACUUUGAGCCUCCACCACCCAGCAGAUUCAACAGGAGAGUGUCAGUUUGUGCAGAAGCGUUUAACCCAGACGAGGAUGAUGAAGACGCUGAGCCCAGAGUCGUUCAUCCAAAAACAGAUGAACAGCGCUGCAGACUUCAGGAGGCCUGUCGAGACAUCCUACUCUUCAAAACACUAGAUCAGGAGCAGUUCUCAGAAGUACUGGACGCUAUGUUUGAGUUACGAGUACAGCCCCAGGAGCACGUUAUUGACCAGGGAGACGAUGGAGACAAUUUCUACGUCAUAGAGAGGGGGGUGUAUGAUAUAACUGUAUCAGGAACAUGCGUGGGUCAGUAUGACAAUAAGGGCAGCUUUGGGGAGCUGGCACUCAUGUACAACACGCCGCGAGCCGCCACCAUCAUCGCCAAACAGGAAGGAGCACUAUGGGGGCUGGACCGUGCCACAUUUCGUAGACUCAUUGUGAAGAAUAAUGCCAAGAAGAGGAGGAUGUACGAGACCUUCAUAGAGUCUGUGCCCUUACUCAAAUCACUGGAGGCGACAGAAAGGAUGAAGAUAGUGGAUGUAUUAGGAGUAAAGCAGUUCUCAGAUGGUGAGCGCAUCAUCAUGCAGGGAGACAAGGCCGACUGCUUCUAUAUCGUAGAAUCUGGGGACGUUAAGAUCAUGAUGAAGAGUAAAACAAAGGCAGACCACGCAGACAACGCGGAGGUGGAGAUAACGCGCUGUAGCAGGGGUCAGUACUUUGGGGAGCUGGCCUUGGUCACUAACAAGCCCCGGGCCGCCUCAGCCUACGCAGUGGGCAGUGUCAAGUGUUUGGUAAUAGACAUACAGGCAUUUGAGCGGCUCCUGGGCUCCUGUAAGGAGAUCAUGAAGAGGAACAUCGCCCACUACGAGGAGCAGCUGGUGGCCCUGUUCGGCUCCAGCAUGGACCUGAGAGACUGAGCCUCCCACACCACCCUCCGUGCCUUCUAUUACACACAUACACUGACACACAGACAGACACAGACAUAUGUCCUCCUCCCAUCAUGCAGUGGCUUUACAAACUCAUUCUAAGCUUUACACAGGUCAUGCCAUUGUUCUUGGCUCACCUUUAAUGACAUAAAUGCCCACAAAGAGUAUGAAAACACCCCCCCCCCACACACACACACACGCACAUGUACACUGGCACUGAGAGAUGCUCACCUCACUCGGUCUGCUCCAUCAUGUGCACAAGCUAGCUGAACACACUCCUUGAUAAGCUCUUUGUAGAUGCACAAACACAAAGCAAGUUGAAGGCCACACACCUUGUUCACCUUGUUGCUUGAGCCAGCUUCAACCUCACAGUAUGAAUGACUCUGCUGCCUUGACCCAAAACAGGCCAUGCAGCGUAAGGAAAUGAAAUACACAUGCACGCACUCUCCGUCCAUGUUUUAAAACACAUCAUCACACUUCGUGUGUGCAGGCUUUGCGUUCAUGUGAGCUCCUAAACAACUCCAGAGUUGUCUCACCAAGCCUCAGCAAAGGACACACCGACAUACAAACACAGACACACCAACACACACAGACCCGCAAAAACACAUAGGUGACCACACUUGCAAAAACAGUCAUACUGUGGUAAAAUGGAGAUGAAAACUUUACGAAUCUCUCAAAAGGAAAACAAAAACAAAAUACAAAAAAAAAAAAAAGUUUAAAGAAGACAGAUAAGUUUUAGAAACAUUUUAUGAAGAUAAAAAACAGAAGCUUUGAUAAAAUAUUAUUUAAAUAAAAAAAAGUGUUUCCUCUUUUGGAGGCCGGGGUGCAGAGCUUUGUGUGCGCGCUCCAUUCCUUCCUCUACUGUUGUUGAUUGAGUUGAGUUGAGUUAGUGCUGGUGAUUAUUGCAGUACCACAGAAGAAGCAGUGAAAACAAUAACAACCCAACGUUUUCUGGGCCGUUGUUAUUCUAUCAUUGACGCCACACUUCAUUGUAUUGAAUUAAUUAUUAAUGUAUUGUUAUUAUAUAUUCAUUUUUUUUGUUUUGUUUUACUUUGACCAAUUAUGAUAAAAUUCACCAUCCAUCUUUGACAAAAUGUAAAAACAAACAAAAAAAGUUCCAAUGAAAACAGUAGUGCUUAUUUCUCCUUGAUUAUCCUUGAAUGAGUUGUCCUGGAUAAAAAAAUGAAAAAAAUAAAGCAACAUUUUGUUAAAA